GUAACAAGCCCCCAGCAAUGUUGCCGAAGCGUGCAGAAUACCUGCAGAAGGAUAUAAAAAGGAUGGCAAAGUACUAUCAAGUGCCUGUACAAAUUUCAGAAGGUGACUUCCAACGUGUCCUUGGUAAAAGCAGUCUUGCAGCCAUGCGCUUUAUCACAGCCACUGAUAUGACAGAACCACGAUACUUGGAACCCUUAUCUAGGGAGUUCUGGAGACGGUUUUGGUCACAGGUCAGUAACUUAUAAAGCCAACUUCUUGAUCCUUUCUCU